AUGGAGUUCCAAGUUCAAGAGCAAUCUGGUGAGUGCCACAUUGUCAAAAUAUUAGAUGGGACCUGCAGCUGCAUGAAGUUCCAGCUAUUGGGCAUGCCUUCUGCUCAUGCCAUCGCUUCUGCGGUUAAUAUCGAAUUGCCAACUGACUUUAUGGUUUCAUGGGGCUUCUAUGGAGAGACGUGGACUCGUGGGUUCGACGGGAAGAUAUACCCAGUUCCUUCUGUUGGUGGUGGAGACAUUCUUGAUCCAGCUGGUGGUGAUCUUCUGCCACCGAAUGUCCGCCGACUCCAGAAGUCAGGGAUUCACAACGGGCGCCGGUGCACAAGGUGUCGCCGUCAGGGGCAUAACAAAGCCUCCUGCCGGUUUGCUAUAUAA